GGAGCCUCGGGGCUCUGCAAACCGACCUCCUUCUCUGUCUCUGGGUGAACGUUCUGGGGCCUGGGGCCUGACUAUGGGGUGAGCCGGAGUUCAGUACAACCAACCACUGCCCCGGUUCGGGCCCCACCUCUCUCCAGGAAGCGCCUCUCCACCACACUGACCACAUCCCCCCAGGUCGCCUAGGAAACCCCACUGGGCCUGGAGGAGUUGGGGCACCGUCGCCCGGCAACAGGUGGUGCCCUCCCUUCCGCCCUCAUGUGGGGCCGCUGCCCGGCACCCUCCUGCACAGGGAGGAGAGCUCCGAACAGAGAGCCGGGAGCCCUGGGGCUGCGCCGGCGUGAGGCCCCUGUAGGUGUGGGGCCCGGCGGGCAGAGGCAAGCAAGGGAGACGGAGUCGGUGGGGACAGCCACAGGUGCGGUGGGGACGCCCGACGCCUAGCACGACAGCAAGCGAAGCGGAGCCUGGAGAGAGCAAGACCUGCUUCGCGGGGAGAGUCGUGAGGCCCGGGAACGUCCAGGCCAGCCCACGGCGGAUGCCUUCCACUCCAGAGCAGCCCUUUGGGCACACGGGGGGCCUCCCUGUGCCCGAGAUGGGCUCGUGGCCCCCGCUGCCGUGCGGACCCUGCAUCCCCACCAUGCUGGCGCUGGCCUCCCUGGCCGCGCUCUUCCUCCUGAGCACAGCCGUGUUGGCAGAACGCCUGUUCCGCCGCUCCCAGCACGCAGACCCCAGCCACCACGCGCCCACCCUGGUCUGGCGCCCCGGAGGAGAACUGUGGAUCGAGCCCAGGGGCACCCCCCGAGAGCGUUCGGAGGACUGGUACGGCUCUGCGGUCCCCCUGCUGAUGGACCGGGCCCCAGACCCUCCCACCCCGGGGGGCACCUUGGAGGCCCGGGCAACAGCCCCGCCUGCCCCCUCUGCCCCCCCCACCCCGCUAGCCCCCCUCUCCCCUCCCAGCUCCUUGGGCCCCCACACCCCACCCAGGGCCCCAGUCCGCAGCACCUUCUGGGGACCCCAGGCCUUGGACGAGAGGCCCUGCGCCCCAGGCUUGGUGAGCUGGGCUGAGCCGGAACACAGGCCAGAGACCACCGUGCACUUGGGGAGCCCCCAGGCCCAGAGGCAGCAACUAGGAAGCCCUGAUCUUGAGUGGGGCCCCCAGCCUCGGGUCACCCUGGAGCAGAUCUCCGCUUUCUGGAGGCGCGAAAGUCGGACCAGUGUGGGGUUCUGAAUCCCCACGGCCUGGGGGAUUGGCCUCCCAAAGACCCCUGAGGAAGGCCCUAUCUCAGGGAGUCUCUCUGAGGCCUUAAAGACCUGAAGCUCCAGCUCAGGAACCCAAGGUGAUACCUGGGGCCCCAGGAAGAAUGCCCCUCAACGCGCUGCCGGCCUUUUACAUCUGGAUUUCAAUUCCCUGGAUCUGCCCCCAUCCCCCACCACAGGCUCCGUGUGGACAGACCUGGUGCUUGAGGGGAAGCUCAGAAGUGCUCCCUUUGGCUGCCUGGGGCUGCAGCCUGCCG